AGCUAAAUUUUUUGACGUGUUCAUUUUUCGGUACACGUCAAAAAUAAAUUAGGGUUAUAAAUUUGGUUUUUCAAAAAUUUGAAAAUGGUUUCAAUUUUGAAUUCAAUAGACACGGGUCAUGAAGAUAUGAUACAUGAUGCCGAAGUAGAUUAUUAUGGUUUACGUCUGGCUACUUGUUCAUCAGAUAAUAGUGUUAAAGUAUACGAUAUAAAAAGUGGUGCAUCGACCCUUCUGGAUGAUCUAAAGGGCCACUAUGGUCCAGUCUGGGAAAUAGAUUGGAGUCACCCAAAAUUUGGUAACUUGUUAGCUUCAUGUUCUUAUGAUCGAAAAGUCAUCAUUUGGAAAGAACAACAAAGGAAAUGGAUGAAAUAUUAUGAAUACGCUAACCAUGAUUCUAGUGUUAAUUCUGUACAAUUCGCUCCAGCCGAGCUAGGUUUGAUUCUUGCUUGUGGUAGUAGUGAUGGUUCAAUUUCUAUACUAAAUUAUAAUGUUGGAAGUAAUACAUGGGAUGCCAAGAAAAUUCAGAAUGCUCAUGCUAUAGGAUGCAAUGCAGUUAGUUGGGCACCUGCUAUUACUCCCGUCUUUGGUGGUGGUGAACAAGAAACUUCACCAGUUAAGCGGUUAGUUUCCGGUGGAUGUGACAAUUUAGUUAAAAUUUGGAGAGAAGAUGGCGAUAGGUGGGUUGAAGAAUCAAAAUUGGAAGUUCAUUCUGAUUGGGUAAGAGAUGUAGCUUGGGCUCCAUCAGUAGGUCUUCACAGAUACACCAUUGCAAGCUGUUCUCAAGAUAGAAGGGUAGUCAUUUGGACAAGCAGUGACUGUAUUAACUGGAAUUCAACAGUGUUACAUACAUUUGAUGAUGUUGUUUGGAAUGUAAGUUGGUCACUAAAUGGGAAUAUUCUGGCUGUAUCAGGAGGUGAUAACAAAAUUACACUUUGGGAUCAAAACUCUGAAGGAAAUUGGCAGUGUAUUAGUGAUAUUUCAAAAGGACAAGGACAGAUUCACACUCAGUAAUUAUCGUUUAGUUUAGGCUAAUAUAAUUUAUAAGCUACAUAUAGUUAACUUCAUAAGAUACAGUUCUUUUCUUUUCUCAAUUUGUUCAAUUAAUAUAAUAUAGAUAUUAAAAAUUUUUAAUUAACAAUUAACAGCUCAAAUUUUGAUGUAAAUAUUGAAAAAAAAACAAUUUUUAUCAGUGAUCCCUAUACAAAAUUGUUAAUACAGUAAUUUUUCAAAAAAUAGCUAAUAAGCUAUUUUUUUGAAGAAACUGGAACUCCUCUAAAUAAAUAAAUUUUAUUAUUAGCCCAGCACUCUUUUGUGGUGUAGGAAAAUGCUUCUAUGGGAAAGUUUUGGUAGAAGGAAGCAUCCAAAAGAGAAGCACUUCAGAAGAAUGUUUAUACCACUAGAUCUUAAAAGUAUAUAGAUAUCAAACAAGCUUUAGUGACUCACUGCUUUCUUUACGAAGCACUUCCGCCUCCAGGAUAUAUUAGUUCUAGUAGAAAAUGAGCACUGUAGGAUUCUAUGGGAAAGAGAAACUGCAUCAACUAGUUCUAUAAUGCUCACUGAAUUGAUGAUGAAAACAUCAUUAAAUUCAUUAGAGAUAGCCCAGAGAUUGACUUUGUUUGCCCACAUUCAAAGAAUAGAAGACAACCAGAUGCCUUAUAGAAUCAUCAAUGCCAAAAUGUAGAAAAAUAGGCUAACUACUCAUCAGAUGGACAGGUCAAGUUCACUCAAACUUACAAACAAUGGAUGUGAGAGGAUGGGGAACUUUGGUGAAAAGAACUGACCAGCUUGGAGGCGAAUUGUCUAGGAGGUCGACUCAAAAUGAGCACUGUAGAACUCUAUAGGAAAGAGACUCUGCAUCAACUAGUUCUAUAAUGCUCACUGUCGUAGCAUAAAAAUGCUUCAGACAAGAAACUUGCAAAAGCAAAAGACGUAUUGGAGUUUUUCAGAUAAUACACCCACAAGAUUUUUAAAAUAAAGAAGAAACUGAAAAAGCUGUGCAUUUCCCAGCUAAAUCACUCCUAAAAAGUAUUUGGAUCUAAACAAAAAACAAGCUACAUAUCCUGGCUUCCUUACCAAACACUGCUGUAUCGGCAAACACCUGAUGAGAUCUAGCGGAAACUGAUUGUAAAUUCUGUAUUUAGAGGAUGAAACUCGAGUUCACAUAUUAUAUUGCUUUGAUAUUGCAAACAUACCCAAAAAACACAUUAGAAGAAGAACAUUGUAAUAGUGAGGAAGUCAGAGAUGAGAUGUAAAUGUCAAAAAUAGCACAAUAAACCUUAAGGAUGCAUUGUAAUUUCACUACAUCUGCCUUUAACUAAAACUCUUGGUAAUUGAAUUUAUUGAUGAAAUUAUAGCAAUUUUUUUCAUUCCCUAUGUAAUUUUGAUAAAUAUAACAAAAAUUCAUUGAUAUACAAAAAAUAUUUUUUUAUUAAUAAACAGAUGAAUACACUUCAAUAAUACUGCUUAAGUAUGCUAGAAAAAUCAAAGUGCUUCAAUCAAAAAUGGUGAAAUUCAAGGCACAAUCAAGAAGCCACUUUGAAGAUUUAUGCUUCAAUUCUGCCAUAUUAUACAUCAAUAAAGGUGGUUUCUGCUCUUCAUAUAUUAUAUAAUUACAACAUUUAGCAUUAGUUUUACUGGCAUGGAAUGGAAAAUUAAUUUUGAUCUCGCAAGUAGUUGGAGUUGGAGCUCGGUGUAAAAGAACACCAUCACCAGCAGCGAUUACAUUUUGCAAAUUAUGUUUUUUAACUUUAAUAUCAUAUAUUAAAACAUGCGUUGUGUGAUUAGUUAUAUAAAAACUGAUGCCAUCAAAUAAUUUUGGUAACCUAAGUAAAUUGUUCAUCAAUGAUUUUUGUAUACCAGUAUUUAAGAGAGGUAUAUUGAUAAACGUAUAGUCUGGUAUUGAAAUAAAAAAAUCUUGUUUUAAAAAAUUAUCUAUAUACUCCUGGGGUACUAUUGUGGAACCUUCUAACAUUGCCGUAAGAAUUUUAAUAGAUAUUUUAUGUGUUCUUCUUAUAAUAAAAUGUGUAACUUUUUUUGCAUUAUAGUUUUCUUCAAUUUUUA